AUGUCCGAUUCCAGAUACGAUUAUGAUGAGAAUUCAGAGACGUGGCCAUACUUUGUACUUACGGGUAUAUUAGUUCCCCUUGUUCCUGUCACUUUCUCAUUGAUCUCAAGUCAUCUCGGCAAAGGCCAGGUUAAGGACGAUGGAUUCGAGCAAGUCAGUUGGUGCGAACCUUAUGAUUCGAAGCAACUGAACCAAUUUCGUUCCAAACAAAAGAGAAGCUCUUUAUUUACAGGGAAGUUCUUUUUAGUAGUGCUGGGAUGGUUCCUUGUGGGUUUGUUGGCAUUCAAGAUAGGCCAGAUCGACAUUGUAGUUUCGGAAACAAACUUCGAUCCUUGGAAAAUAUUAGAAAUCGACGAGACAGCCAACGUCCGUGAUAUUAGAACUGCAUAUAGGAAGCUUUCACUCAAGUUUCACCCGGAUAAAGUGGAUACUUCAAACAUGACUCGUCCAGAAAUCGAUGCCUAUGGUAAUCCUGAUGGUCCUGGUGACAUUAAGCACGGAAUUGCGCUACCUAAGUUCUUGGUGGAUGGUCCUACUUCGCCUCUAUUUGUGGUGGUGUACAUAUUGCUUAUUGCCGUGAUUUUGCCUCUAUGUGUCAGUAAAUGGUGGAGUGGUGUUAAAUCGCACACUAGAAGAGGAAUUUACACCGAUACUGCUUCUCAUUUCUUGACGUUGAUGUUGAAUUUCAAUCCGGCAGAACUCGUUCAGGUGAAAACUGUACUCAAAGAUGUUGCCAGUUCGAGGGAGUAUUUAGACAUCGACCCUAAAUUGAACCAAGACAAGGUUUUGGAGUUACUACUGGACCAUAUCAACAGAAAAUUACUCUCACCUAAAGAAGAGACUCUCAAAUUGUCUGUUGUGGCCAUUACUCCAAAGCUUUUACUUGGAUUCCUUGACAUUGCCGCUGCCUUUCGUAAUACCGAUGUAUGCAAUGUCAUCGUCGAAGCCCAUCGUUGCAUUAUUCAGGCGUUGAACAUUGAAGACGAUGUUGAUAAUUACAAGUAUAGACAGAUUCUUCAGUUGCCAUCCAUUGAGUUGGAUAACAUUGACAAGAAACAAAAGAUAUACACCUUGGGUAAACUUCUUAAAAAGCCCACAGACGACCCUGCCAAGUUUUUGGGAGUUGAUUCUGAGAGUACUACUAAGAAAGUCCUUGACUAUGCAAAACAUAUCCCUCUCAUAGAACCUUUGGAUUGCCAAUUUAAAGUUCCCGGAGAAAACUACAUUCCACCUAACUCGCAUGUUAAUAUUGAUCUUCGGUUCAUAGUGAAGUCUCCUGCCCAUAAAUCCAAACCUGCCAGAGAAAACUUGUCACCGGAGGUAAUUGACACUCAGUUGAAGGAGCCAGAUAUUCUGGAAAACUUGAGAAACCCAUUAAAAGUAGUUGAACUGCAACCUUUACUUAGCCUGAAAAGUGCCCCCAUGUUCUUCCCGGACAUAGAUUAUGUGAAGGAUCAUUGUGGCUGGGCUGCAUUUAUUUUAGUUCAGAAGGACGGAAGACUCGGAGAAGCUCCUGUCUUUCUUUCCAGGGCUGACCUUUCCAACAUGAAUCUUACACAAGAACAAUUCCUCAAGUCUGAUGCUAAAGUGUCUGUUUUCAAAUUAAUGCUGACCGCACCUGCGCCUCCCCAAGAGGGCAGCUUCCAAUUCAGACUUGUUCUCAAAAACUUGGUGUACUUUGGAAGCGAUAUAGAAAUUCCCUUAACGAUGAACGUGGAAAACAAGCCUGAGUUUGUUGGUAAAGAUGUAUAUAAAAUUGAGGAGCCGGAUGAGGAUUCGUUGGCCGGUGCUAUGGCCCAACUUAGGGGAGAAAAGGUGAAGAAAAGCAAAGAAUAUAGUAGUGAUGAAGAAAGCGAUAGCGAAGACCAGGACGACGACAAUGACAGUGAUAGCGAAGACGACGACGAUGACGAUGAUGACGACGAUGAAGAUGGCGAUUGGACAGAUAUCAACACAGAUACUGAAACCGAAGAAGAUUAA